AUGGCUGCCUACGCAUCUCCGCCACGCUCUACUGGUGCUGCCAGCCCCCAAUCUACCAAGUCGGUUCUCGAUUCGACCUUCCAAGCCCUCUCUCAGGCACCUCCGCCUACUAUUCGUGAGAUCCUCGGUGCCUACUCUGCCAAAGGCGAUGGCGAUCGUGAAAUGCUGGUUGCCCUCCUGAACGCCAAAAGCGCUGAAGACCAGCGUAUUGCCGCAGUUGCUACGCUCCAGCAGACAGUACUUCAAAUGCAACACUCGCUAGCGCUUGCCCAGGCGCAAGCGGCAGCAUCGCAACCCCCUCAGCAGCUGCCUUCCCCUCGCAGCGCUCCGGCCCCGGCUUCACGCAAGCGAGUCCUCCGUGAACCCACUCCCCCUCGUCCUUACUCCCGCUCGCCGAGCCCCCGAUCUGAACAAUAUGCCAGUGCCUAUCGCGCACACCCCUAUGCACAUGCCCGACCAUAUGAUCACGCCUAUACCGAGCGAUCUCGCGAGGGCGAGUGGGCUUCCCGCCGAAACUGGGCAUCCAUGAGCUCUGAACGCAGCACCAGCGAGGAGGGUAGCGAGCGGGAAUAA